UUGGAGGCUUCCUUGAGUGUCACUGGAUACACUGUUAUCAACAGUUUCCGAACCAGGAUGCUCUGGUUCGUCACAUAGAAAAAAUGCACAUCGAAGUACGAAAAGGAGGCGAUGCAUUUUCUUGUUAUUGGCAAGGAUGCCCGAAGGCCUUUUCAAGACUGGAGAACCUGAAAAUCCACCAACGUAGUCACACUGGGGAGCGUCCGUACUCGUGCACUUAUUUAGGUUGCACAAAAGCAUUCAGCAAUAGUUCAGACAGAGCCAAACACCAACGAACACAUUAUGAC